UGCCAGAAACUCAGUACCAGUGAGUGAACGUCUGCCUGUGGCAGCUGAUUUGUUCGGAAACCCAACAAACACCAACAAAUACGCUGAUGUACUAGAGCUCAGAAAGCAACGGACAUCCAAACAUGGAGAGAGAAACCCACAACAGGAAGAGAAGGAGAAGGGAGAGGUCUUGUGUGUGGGUGUGGAAGCAUGUGAAAACUUUGUGUUUGCUGUAAACACAGAUAACAUUAGCAUGCACUGAGAGAGAGAGAGAGAGAGAGAGAGAGAGAGAGAGAAAAUGUUUAUAAGGAUAAAGGGAAGAAAAGAGAAAGAAGUCCACACAGCCCAGGAGAUGGCAGUAGAGAGGAAGAAUGAGAGAGAAAGAGAGAGGGAGAGGUUGCUCAGUUUCUGCCCCGCCUCCCUGUAAAAGGCAGGAACACUCCAAGCCAGGGACAGAAAGACUGAAAGAGAGAGAAGGUGACACAGAGAGAGCGAGAGAGAAAGAAAGAGAGAAAGAGAGAGAGCAUCCGGGAGCAGCACAGGAAAGAAUGAGGCUAUAAGAACAGCCCUACACUCCUUCACUGCCCCCUCUCCAUUCAUCCAUUGCUAGACUUGUUCUUUUCUUUCCUUGUCAUUGCUCUCCAGCCUUCAGAGGCUCGUCAGGAUUCAGAGGAUGCCUGCAAGGGCAUCUGACCAUCGGCAAGACUCAGAUCAUCUGACCAGGAAAAUCCUUUGGAUAUUAUCUAAUCUGAUGCUGAGACUGAAAGAAUCACGCUCUCACGAGUCAUUGCUCAGUCCCAGUAGUGCAGUGGAAACUUUGGACCUCAGCAUGGAGGAGGAGGUCCUCAUAAAACCCGUACACAGCUCCAUCCUGGGUCAGGAUUUCUGCUUUGAGGUGAGCACCUCGACAGGAAGCAAAUGUUUCUCAUGUCGCUCGGCUGCAGAGAGGGACAAAUGGAUGGAGAACCUCAGAAGAGCUGUUCACCCAAACAAGGACAACAGUCGUCGGGUAGAAAACUCCCUUCGGCUGUGGGUGAUCGAAGCCAAAGAUCUUCCUGCCAAGAAGAAGUACUUCUGCGAGCUGUGUUUGGAUGAUGCCCUUUAUGCCCGCACGUCCUGCAAGUUGAAAGCAGACAAUAUUUUCUGGGGAGAGCACUUUGAGUUCACCAAUCUGCCUCCUGUCCAAAACAUCACUGUCCACCUCUAUAGGGAUUCCGACAAAAAGAAGAAAAAAGACAAGAACAACUAUGUAGGGCUUGUGAACAUCCCAGUAGAAAGUGUGACCAGUAGGCAACUUGUCGAGAAGUGGCACCCAGUUAGCACACCAAACCCAGGGAAGGGGAAGACUGCGGGACCUAUGAUCCGGAUAAAGGCCCGAUACCAAAGUAUGAAUAUCCUACCGAUGGAGAUGUAUAAGGAAUUUGCUGAAUACACUACCAACAACUACAUGCUGCUGUGCUCUGUGCUGGAACCAGUUAUCAGUGUCAAGAACAAGGAAGAGAUGGCGUGCGCCCUGGUACACAUCCUGCAAAGCACUGGGAAAGCCAAGGACUUCCUGACAGACCUGAUGAUGUCCGAGGUGGACAGAUGUGGCGAGAACGAGCACUUGAUCUUUCGCGAGAACACGCUGGGCACCAAAGCCAUCGAGGAGUACCUCAAACUUGUGGGCCAGAAAUAUCUUCAGGAUGCACUGGGGGAGUUUAUAAAAGCUUUGUAUGAGUCAGAUGAAAAUUGCGAAGUGGACCAGUCCAAAUGUUCAGGCGGCGAUCUUGCUGAACACCAAAGCAACCUGAAGAUGUGCUGUGAGCUUGCCUUCUGCAAAAUCAUCAACUCCUACUGUGUUUUUCCACGAGAACUAAAAGAAGUGUUUGCCUCCUGGAGGCAGGAAUGCAGUAACCGUGGGCGUCCGGACAUCAGCGAGCGUCUAAUCAGUGCUUCAUUGUUUUUGCGUUUCCUGUGUCCGGCCAUCAUGUCCCCGUCCCUGUUUAACCUAACACAAGAAUAUCCAGAUGAACGCACGGCUCGAACACUCACACUCAUCGCUAAGGUCACGCAGAACCUCGCCAACUUCACCAAGUUCGGGAAUAAGGAGGAGUACAUGUCCUUCAUGAACCAGUUUUUGGAGCAUGAGUGGACCAACAUGCAGCGCUUUCUGCUUGAGAUCUCCAACCCCGAGACGAUCUCCAACACGGCCGGCUUUGAAGGCUACAUCGAUCUUGGCCGUGAACUCUCCACGCUGCACUCUUUACUAGCCGAGGUCGUGUCUCAAAUGGAUCAGGCUGCCACCUCCAAACUAGGUCCGUUACCCAGAAUCCUCCGAGAUGUUCACACAGCAUUGACUAAUCCAUCGAGUGUUCAGGUGGCUGCACCUUCUGAUAGUGCUCCGUCCCCUCCACCCACUGGGUGCAGCGUCUCUUCUAGCCUGCAGAAAAUGACCAUGGACAGUGACCUAUCAGGCCUUGUUGACUUCACCCGUCUCCCCUCACCAACUCCAGAAAACAAGGAUCUCUUUUUCGUGACACGUUCCUCAGGUCUUCAUGGUUCACCAGCCCGCAGCUCCAGCUACUCGGAGGCCAAUGAGCCUGAACUUGGCUUGUCCAAUGGAGCUAAAAGCCUGUCCAUGGUGGACCUACAGGAGGCCACCAGGACCUUGGAACUUAUCCCGGUCACAACAGAAGGUACUGUUGAGAAGCACAUGGUGGCUUGGAACACCCGGACACCACAGUGCAACCCAUCUGGAGGGCCCACACUCCAGAAGGUGGGGCAGAAGUCAACAAGUAUAGAAAGAGAGGUAGUGCCAGGCAGGCCGGUUCAGCUCCUUGCCCCGCUGUCCUUCCAAAACCCUGUGUACCAGAUGGCAGCAGGAUUGCCUUUGUCUCCAAGAGUGCCAACUGGUGGCGACUCUGGCUCAGAAUGUCACAGCUCUCUUAGCUCACACAGCAACAAUGAGGAGGCUGGGUGUGGGAAACUUAGCUUUCUGAACCAUGGGGGUGGGGUUGGGGACGAGUUGGCCAGACGCUCAGGGGAGUUUUCAAGAAGGCAGCUCUCGCUUACAGAAGCACAGCAUGGAGGAUGCCAAUCUGCAGUGCCACGGCAAAACAGCGCCGGGCCCCAACGUCGAAUUGACCAGCCACCACCACCUACGCAAGCUGCUCCCCCCCGUGGACGGACUACACCCAGCAUGUUGGGCUCUGCUCCUUACCCACGGCCCUCGAGUGGCAGCGCUGUUUCUUCGUCACCUGAUUGGCCAGGGAGUGGUGCCAGACUUCGUCAGCAGAGUUCGUCUUCCAAAGGAGACAGCCCUGAGGUGAAGCAACGCUCACAGCACAAGGCACCUUCCCCAGUGAUCCCCAGUGCAUUGGAUCGUACGGCUGCGUGGUUAAUGAAUGUGCCGUACUUAGAGCAGGACACGGAGACAGAUCCACGCAGGGAGGAUCAGAUACUCAAUGAGAAGUAUCAGGCAGAAAUAUCCUUGCUGCAGGAUCAGUUGCGUGUCUGUGUGCAGCAGCUGGAGCAGUGUGAGGCUCGGCUGCACUGUCAGGACGAUCAGGCUCAGCAGCUGCUGCUGCAGUACCAGAACCGUCUGGAGGAAGCUGAGCAGAGACUGCACCGCCAGCAGGAAGACAAAGAAUUGCAGAUGAAGAGCAUCAUUAGUAGGACAGUUCAUCCACGGCACGCUGACAGAGUUUUUGGCAGACUUCAGCACGGUGUUCCUUCUGCUCUGGGGUCAGAUGUCUGGGGACGAACAUGGCAGCAACACAGCGCAUGUUCAUAUAGCAUGUUAAUGUCUGUUGAAGAUGAGCUAAAAAAGGAUCACGCUGACAUGCAGGCCAUGGUCGACUCCAAGCAGAAAAUCAUAGACGCACAGGAAAAACGGAUAUUGUCUCUGGACGCGGCGAACGCGAGGCUCAUGGGCGCUCUGUCUCAGCUGAAAGAGCGCUACAGCAUGCAGACGCGCAACGGCAUCUCGCCCACCAACCCCACCAAGCUACAGAUUACUGAGAACGGAGAGUUUCGCAACACAUCCAACUGCUGAAGCCAAAAUAGACAAACAUUCAUGUCUUAAUCCGGACUGAGAGAACGGACGGGGACAGGAGACCCAUCCUUGAAGUCACUGGAAGAGAAAUUGAAAUUUCUCUUUUUUUGAAGGACUGUCUCCUGAACCCAUGCAAGUUCUUUUGGAAGAAAGAUGAACCGUUUCGUUCUUUGGGGAACGAAGACACGAGUGAAACCUCAGAAUUGUUGCUGUGACCGAGCAGUAGUGUCUGCUACUUUAGCUUAGGACAAACCACUAGACGUACAUAAAAUCUCUCUCAGUAAAAAUAUCUACAUGAAAAAAACUAAACAAAACGGACAUACUGGUACAGGUACAUUGCUUUAUUAAUAUGGAAGCUUCAAGCUGUUGAAGCUGGAGUGCGAAAUGCCGAAAACAUCCCGUCGGAAGAGGUCAUUCUUUGAAGCGUUCUGUAUUACAGAAAUACCAAGCUUCUUCAGGACAUCAAGUGCUGCUUUGCACUCUUUCAUCUACACGGCCUGGACUCUCUCAGAACACUCCACUUUUCCCAUACAUAGUGCACUUUGUGAGCUAUUGACAUGAUAAGCCUUAAAAAAGAGAAAUGAACUGCAGCUCCUUUAUUCCUUGAUCUGUGUCUGUAUGGUAAAGAGUCAGAAGUAUUAUUUAUUUUUUAAACCAAUUCCUGGCCAAAAAACAGUUACUUAUAUAUAAUAUAUAUUAUAUAGUAUGUACUCUGCACACAGGUCCUACGUGCGCACAGCACUUCUGUGAUUAAAAAAGGAAUUGUGGAGUAGUUUAAUACCAAUGAUAUGUCAUAAUAUUAAUAAUCUUAAUCAAAUUGAAUCGAUCAUCACGGUAAGCAGAUCACCUUCUAAAGUUUCAAUAGCACUUUACACUUUAUCCUGCUAGCUACGCCUUUUCCUGGCUCGAUUUCUUUUUCUACUCUGCAGUUUUUUUUUUUGCCUCCAUACACAGUAUAUAGUUUUCACUUUAUUCAGUCGAUACAUCCAGACUUUAUUAAUGACUCCAGACGCCAUGGGUGCAGUCAGUUCCUGGUCAUAUACAUUAUUUAUUAGCGUCUAUGCUUAAAAUGGGGUCCAUUGACUCAUGAUGAUUUAAUUAGAUUUUUAUUUUUUACAAUUUUUUAUUUACUUUUGCCAUGAAAGUAUCAGUUAAAAUGCUAACGAGCAGUAUGAUCUUGGCAGCACCACCAGAACAGUUUGGUCCUCACUUCUGUGCCUUCUUUUUUUGAAGGCAGUGGUGUUUUUUUUUUUUGCUCAUUUGUUGCGCCAGGUAUAGUCCAAAAUCCCUCGGCGUAUAAGGCUUUUUUUUUUUUUUGGUUCAUAACUGGUUAUGGAGCCACACGCAGUUAUGACACGCACUGUGGUGAAAUGUGUUGCUGAAACUUUAAUUCAGCUGUUUCUCCCCUACCCCACCCCCACCACUACAAAAACAUGGGAGACAAAUGUACCUGUCUUUAUUCGACUGCAAAUAAUCUAGCGAUGCAUCAGGCCUGGGUUUUGGGGACCCCAAAACCUCAGAAAUGAAAAUGGUAUCGCUAUUUAAAAAGAAAAGGUCUGUCUGCUGUAGCAAGACAACAGCUGUGUCCUGUAAAUAUUCUAUAAAAUCAAAUAUAUAUAUAAAAAAAUAUAUAGAUAUCUAUAAACUUCACCAUGUGUUCUGCUGAUAGGACUUAGAGAAUCCAUUUCCUAUAAUGUUACUGCUGUUUAAAUGCCAUGUGUCUUUUUAUUUUUAAGAUCCUGUCGUGAAUGCAGUCGUCCCGCUGAUUUAUUAAUACGCGUUGUGGUCAUGUUGCAAAAGAUCAGUUUAUAUCCAGAGAGUUUACAGAAUACAGAAGCACAAAAACCUACCAUUUUAUUCUGCCCUGUUAAACCCAUUAAGCCUAUGCACUUUUUUUUUUUUCUCAAAAAGAUAUUUCGUCCUCCUUGAGAGGGAAAGUAUAAGAUCAAUUAGUGUUAAAAAUGGAUAAACAAGCAGCAGUAGCCCAAUAGAUUUGGUGGUUCUACUAGAUGAAAGGUCAUAAGUUCAAAUCCUACAGUUGGAUUCGAGCUGCUGUUUGGUGCUUGGACCCCUAAAUGCUGACAAACUUGCUAAAAGGUCACUUUGGUAAAGUGUUCUCUAAAGCUGAUCUGGUUUAAGAAAUUAGAGGAGGAGGAGAAGUCUGAAUUGUGUAGCAAAUCAAAAAGUGUGAGGUAAAAAUGUAUACAAAAUCACACUGUGAUGAUCUACUUUAGAUUCAUUACUAUGUAGACAAAAUCAAGGUGCUCUUUGCCCUGAAAUGGAAGCACUUUCUGGAUUUAUUUGUAACCAAAUUGAUAUCUGUGGUGCUUUAUUUCGUUAAAUUGUCAUUUGUAGCCACUAGCAUACAAAUAAACAUGUGCUGCAGUUGCAUUUAAAGCACUAUUUAAUCGCCAAGCUGUAGCCACGCUUAAAGCCCAUUUUUUCCGUCGCUUACAUCCAACUGAACUGUAGGCCUUGCCAAAUGACAAUCUAUUCAAAAUAUCUCCGUUUGCUAAGUGGUAAAGUCAUUGUGUUGAUUCUUAUCAAAUCGUGCCGCAUACAAAAAGCAUUCACAAAACCGAAAGAUUCGGGUUCCUCUACUUGUUUAGCUCUAUCUCGUCCGAUAUCUCAGUGACACGCACCUGUUCUCAGCAGUCGAUGUGGUAUAUAAGCUUCGUCAAAAGACAUAUGGAUCUCUAUACGAAUGAGACUAUGUUAUAUAAUCCUUGUAGAGAAAUCUUUUGUAAGUAUGUUUUAAAGUAUUGGCUUCUUUCGAAGGACGACCGAGAACAAUAAUGUACAGAGAGAUAUGUCCAUGUUAAGAACUAUGAAUAUGUGGCUGUGCAAUUGAAUGUACAUUGGCAACUAGGAUGAUUAAAAGUUUUAUUUAGAUAUUUUA